AGAUUCGAAGGUUUGGAGUCGAGAGCUAAACCUGACUGUUAGCUACCUAGCUAAAUUUAAUAUUCGUUUUGUUGAUCAAGGAUAGCAUUCAUAACGACAAUUGAGUCCAGUGAUUAGUAAGAGACGCUAGCCAGCUAAAGAUACAUAUCUUGCAAAGUUUUUUAAACGAUAAGCAUUUAUGAAGUUGUUCAGCUAGCUAAGCUGAGCGUUAUGUCAUUCACUAUUUGUGGUUUUAGUCGUGUCAAUGCAAGUGUUACACUGAAGCAAGAUACAAACAAAAACAAAGCGCUAUUAUUUUGAACGCAAAACAGAAUGCACAAUUUAAUUGGAGUGGCGUGCAGUCGGUGGUUGCGUUGUUUCAAUAGAGCACCUUGUGUGACAACAUUGAUCUCGAGUGGUCAGGAGAGAUGGUUCAGUACAACAAAAAGUCGCAUGACAAUCAUGCCUGCAUGGGUUAUCGAUAAAUAUGGCAAUAACGAAGUUCUGCGGUUCACAAAAAACGCCACUUUCCCUAUCAUCCAUUAUCCCAACGAGGUCAUGGUCAAAGUUCAUGCAGCAGGUCUGAAUCCUAUCGAUGUCAGCAUGAGAGGUGGCUAUGGGGCUGCCACUCUGGCUGUGAAACGAGAUCCCCUGAACCUCAACCAAACAGGAAGUGAGUUCCCCCUUAUACUGGGCAGAGAUGUGUCUGGAGUUAUCAUGGAGUGUGGUCUGGACGUGGCCUACUUCAAAGAGGGGGAUGAGGUGUGGGCAGCCAUUCCACCAUGGAAGCAAGGAAGCUUGGCAGAGUUUGUAGUGCUAAGUGCCAAUGAGGUGGGCCGUAAGCCAAAGUCGCUCAGCCACACGGAGGCGGCGGCUGUGCCCUACGUAGCAGCCACGGCCUGGUCCGCCAUUGUCAACACGGGAGGGAUCAACAAAGACAACUGUGCUGGGAAGCGCAUUCUGAUUCUUGGAGGAUCCGGUGGAGUAGGGACAUUUGCCAUACAGUUGGUAAAGGCCUGGGGUGCACAUGUGACGGUGACCUGCUCUAUGAAUGCUGAGAGGCUGGUGAGGGGACUGGGAGCUGAUCAUGUGGUAGACUACACUGCUGGCCCUGUGGAAGUGCCCCUUAGAGCACUGGAGAAGUUCGACUUCAUCCUCGACAACAUAGGAGGGGACACAGAGCGCUGGGCUCUGGAUCUGCUCAAGCCCUGGUGCGGUGCCAAGUACGUCACUUUGGUCACGCCUUUUCUCCAGAACACCGAUUUACUGGGCAUCGCCGAUGGAAUGCUCCAGACCGGAGCUACUGUGUUGACUAAGGCCUUAAAGAACUUAACCAAGGGUGUGCACUAUCGUUGGGGGUUCUUUGCACCCAACGGACCUGUCCUGGAUGAUAUCAGCGAGAUGGUAGACGAAGCAAAGAUUCGAGCAGUGGUGGACGAGGAGUUUGGCUUCUCCCAGGUGCCGCAGGCCUUCCAGAAGAUGGAGAAGGGCCACGCCCGCGGGAAGACAGUCGUCCACAUCAGCAGCGGAGCCUCCGUGUAACCAUGCAGCCUCGUACACCCCUCCACCCUGCUGGGCCCUCUGUGUAACCAUGCAGCCUCGUACACCCCUCCACCCUGCUGGACCCUCUGUGUAACCAUGCAGCCUCGUACACCCCUCCAUCCUGCUGGACCCUCUGUGUAACCAUGCAGCCUCGUACACCCCUCCACCCUGCUGGGCCCUCUGUGUAACCAUGCAGCCUCGUACACCCCUCCACCCUGCUGGACCCUCUGUGUAACCAUGCAGCCUUGUACACCCCUCCAUCCUGCUGGGCCCUCUGUGUAACCAUGCAGCCUCGUACACCCCUCCACCCUGCUGGGCCCUCUGUGGCCUGUCUCCUGGAAGAGCGUCCUUGAACACACCACUGAUUAGGAAGCCAUCGAUGUUUAAGUCAUUUUAAGAGCCAUACUUUCAGAAGGAAAUCAGUGUGUAGUGUUGUGGUACCCUUGCUGAGAGGUUUUCAAUAAAAAACCUUUGGUAGCGGUAAAUACAAUUGUUUUAUGGCAACCCAGAGUGGACAAUUAAGCAUUUGAAAUGAUAACGGAACACAAUCUGAUAUGGUAACGAAAGAUAUUUUGUGAAAGGCCGAGUUUAAAAUUGGCAUCUGUGAAUUUGAUGGCUUCAAACUUGACGUAUUUGUGUUAUGUGUAUGGCUGAGAGAGAAUGUACACUAUGUAUGGUAAGCAUGCUCAUUCUUCAUGGGUGCAUAAUCAUUCAGUGUGUGUAAGGGACUUCACAAUAAGGAACACAAGCAACAAAACAAAUGCUCUUUAUUAUUUUCAAACACAACAGCAAUUACUUACAUGUAUGUUUUACAUUUAAGACCCAGUAGUUGCAACAGUGUUUAAUGAAAUCUGCAGCAUACACCCAACACUCAUACCCUUAAAUCUGCAACUAUAAAUUGUGGAAAAUAUGUAUUGAAAAAUAUCUAGUUUAUACACUUGAAAAUCACAAACAUCCUUUAUGUGGAAUUUUCAUCUUGGUCGUCAUGUACUGUGAUAUUACAAACAUUGAUAUAAGCCAAGCAGCAUUGAUAUGGUGUGUAAAUCUCAAGUUAUCUUCAGAUACAGCAACAAAGUCUGUCUCGUUUGGAAUGCUCUGCUUCAGUUGGAGGCAUAAGCUAAGAAGGAAAACUAACCAAUGAACUGUGAUGGUAACAGUACCCACUAUCCAGUAUACUGGAUGUCAUUGAUAAAGCAUUGUAAACACUUAUGCCAUCGUUUACUUUGUUUUUUUUAGGAGGACCUUUUUGUGGAAACAUGGUUCUGUCUGUGAAUUGAGGAGUAUAAAAAAAAGUCCAGAGUAUAAAAAAUGUAUAUCCAAGUUCAGUUUGAUGACGGUUUUGCGGUGCAGCGCUUUGAAAGCAAAUGUGAAUCGCUAACCAUUAGAGCACUUAGCCUAGCUUGUACAGACAACAGUUUCUGGUGGUGGAGCUGCAUCCUCAAUCCUCCACCACAGGUGUCAGAGAUCACUGGGUUCGAUGACAGGGAUGCAUUAGAAAGCAGUCCACAGCAGGGCAUCAA